AAUAAAUCGGAUUUAUUCCAACAGUUUUGGCAGGAGACAACUGACUCGCGUUUUCAGGGUGGUUUCAAAUGGAACGCCGGAGACUUAUGAUGGUUGAGGUGGGAUGUAAUGGCUCACUUCCAUUGCUGAGUUACUGCCGGAUUUUGCUGGUGGCUUCCGAUGGUGUAUAAAGAGUUUGAACUUUGGGGCUGAACAGGUUUCUGACCAUUGUAAAAAAUUCUGAGUCGCCGGAGGUUGCUCUGGGGAUGAAAGGUGAACGUUUGGCCGGUGAAGACAACGUUUUGAGCUGUCGCUCUGGAAAUUCAACUAUGGCGCACGACAGCUUCAAAUUGUUGUCGAGAUUCCGAGGGCGUCCGUACAUGUUUGAACCAAAGGAAUGAGCUCAUGAAUGCUCCGGCCAACACUGUUAACCAGCCGGCCCGGGUCACUGAGUGAGGAGGGGUGGCACGUACAGUGACAAGGACUGGGGUGAGGGUCCGGUGAUGAUACAGAGAUGUUCUAACUGGAGGUGAAAAAUGGAUGGGGCGUUUAAGGAGACUCUUGCGAUGGAUAGUGGUUCUGUUGGCCUGAGAUGAUGACCAGAGUUUUUGCAGAUGGGAGGGGUGGAAUGGUUGCCUGUGAAGAUGACCGGAGGUUUUGUAUCCGAUGAGGACCACUGUUGGGUAAAAUGCGAAUACAUUGCCGAGCAGUUGGGUUCUAUCGAUGGGAAAGGAAGGGGGAAAUUAAAGGAAAGAAUAAGAAUGGGGAAAGAAAUGAAAGUGGAAGCAGAAGAAAAGUAGUCGAAGGAAAAGGAAGGGGGAAAAUAAAAGAAAGAAAAAGAAUAUAGUACCUUCCCCUGAACUUGAGUAAGAAUGAUAUCACCAGACAAAUACCGGGUGAAUUUGGAAAUUUGAGAAACAUCGUGGAAAUGAGUUGAUGUCACACUGCAUUUUUUUAUCUUCACACCCUAGUUUAGCUUAAGGAUAGUCAACCAGCAAUAUUAUUAGUUAUUGGUGAGCCAGUUUUACUUGCUUUGGAAGAUAUUGAUGGAUCCGUGCUAUUUUUGGAGAAAGCCCUUAAAUUUGUAGAAGAGUAUGCUAAGGUUAUAACAACAUCAAGUUCAUGCUCUUAUGACAUGGCCAAGCCCAAAUACCCCAGGAGGCCCACCAAUCCAUAUACGGGUCCAGUAAACAGCCAGACAUUCGGGAAGCCCAUGCGGCUAGAUCCUUCCACUUGCAAAAAAAUAGACAUGAUUGAGCAGAUGUGGCAAUUAAUAAAUUGGAACAUAAGUCCUGGCCUUCAACAUUUGACGCAGGUCCGUUCGAAAUGAGGAAAGUGUGGAGCCUCCCCAUCUUGUAUAGAGCAAGCUGCCAAGAAAACAAAGGCACAAAGGUGAAGACUUGCAUGGUGAUCCUAAUCUGUGUGGUGCACUAUCUGGUGAACUCUGGGAGGUAACGAAGGAGAGAAUACGCAAAGCCUCCAUAUAUGGGGAACUGCCUGGUCUGGGACAUGCGGUCGGACUAUUUUGAGGUCAUAGAUACACCGAUGGAUUUUGAACUAUAAGUAGCAAUCUUGAAAGUGGCGUGAAAUACUCAAACUCGGAGGACGUUUAUAAGGAUGUACAAUGCAUAUGGGAUAACUGCUACAAAUCCUACAAGUACAAUAAUAAAGGCGAUUUGGUUUUGGAUCUCAUGAAAUGUGUGAAAAAGAACUUUUCAAAGUAUUGGCUUGCAUCUCCUGUAUUAUACAAUGACUACACGCAGGGUGUUGAGAGCAGUCAAAUAAAGGAUGCUACACCACCUGACAGCAGUGGGAAGGAAUCAGUGAAAGGCGGUUCCUCCUUGACUAAUAAUAAGUCAAGAAAGCUUCAUGGACUCAAGAAGCACAAGACUUCCUGCCUAUGUGCUAUAUGUGUGAUGAUACGCCGGAGGCAAGAACGCGAGGAGAGUGCUGCUAAAACUGUGGAAGAAGAACAGAUGGAAGCCGCUAGUAGCGACUUGUUAUGUAACAGAAAAUCAACGAUAAAAACCGUUGCCCAGAACCAAAAGGCUAAAAUCCAACUUUAUUCCAAGAUAAGAUAGAAUGAACUCUGGCAAGGGGUAUAAAUAGCCUUCUAAGAGAAACCCUAAUCAAGCCCAAAUUAAUUAAAUCCUAAUCAAGCCCAAAUAAUAACUCUACUAAGUACUCUACUAAUAAUAGGCCCAAAGUAAAACAUAACAUUAACUUGAUUAAUAAUAAAUAAACUCUAAUGACAGCCCUAACCCGGCCCACGGAAGUGGGCCCAAGCCCGGUCCCGCCCUAUGCUCUUCCCGCUCUCUAUCAUGACUGUCCAGAUGAGGUGGUUAAGCCUGAGGUAGAUGUCUUCUGUUUUUCCCCAAAAAUCAUAUAAUGAGAUAUAUGUAUUUAAUGUAUGUACUGUUUUUACAAGUUUUGACUUUUAAGCUAUCUAGAAUUUACUUAUCGUACUUUGGUGACAAAAACAGAAAACUAUAAUCUUUAGUUGUCUCCUCUUUUAUUGCUCUGAACAAAAUCAUUCACUUGUUUGCCAUUUACUUUUGAAAAUGGUUGGACGAUGACCUAAUUAGAAACAUGUCUUACUUAGUUAGCUAAAAUUGACUUAAUCAUUACGCUCUAGUAAAUGAUUCAUUCACACGAAAACUUCUGCUGUGGUGUCUAUGCAGACAGUUUUUCAAACCCUGGAGUAGAAUUUGGUUAGUAAGUAUCAUUAGUCAUUCAUAACUCAAGAAUACUCUUAAAUUGGUUAUUUACCCAAUUUAAACGGUUUGUUCAUCAGACACAAUAACAUGCCUCUUAGGAUGUUUUUACUUGGACUAGUUUCAGUCCCAGAUUAGACCUACUAGACUUCAAUGGACUAGACUAGACUACAUGUCACACCAGAAAAUUUCAGUCCAAUUAAAAACACCCUUACUGAAAGAUAACUUAUUCCAGAUAAUCAUCUUCAUCCAAAUGGAAAAAGUAAACAGCCCUUUGCAAUAGUAUGGCCUAUGGGUCUUUAUCCACAACUUGUAUUUUAAUAUUCUUUAAUUUAAUGCUAGUUUAAUUGUUUUUUCCUUUUUAUGAAGGAAACUACCCCUGCAGGAUAUGUGGGUGGUGAGUGUGCAUCACCGAAUAUUGAAAGCCCCCCCCCCCCCCCCCCCCCCCCCCCCGAAGUAGACAUGGACUCCAGUCAGCAAGAGAAAGUAGGAGAGGAUUCAAAGCUAGCGGCAGCAAGUGCUAGUGAAGAUCAUCCAUAUAAGCAUCUACCUGGUGAUCAAGAGGAAAAGCCUAACGGUGAAAGAGGAACUCUAGGAAAAAAGGAGGGUCAAAUUUCUGCACUCAUGGAGUUAGGUGGUGGUCCUUCUAGAAGAUCUGUAGAUGAAGACCAUCCUAUACAUCAAAAGCAAGCUUUAGAGUGUGGCAAUCAUACACUGAAUCACAGUGAUAAAGAAACAUUGCAGAUCGGUGGUGAGACUGAACAGGAGCAGAAAGCCAAGGUAAUUUCAAAAUGCCAUCAAGGACUUCUCUCUCGGAAUGUACAAAUUCCACCAGAAAAGUCUGUGGAACGGGCCCCAUUCUCUCUUUUUUCAUCAAAAUGAGCUGUCGACGUCUUCAACUCACGUCAAGAAGAAGAGUUCCAUUCGAAAUGCUGUUACUCAGCUCAUGCGGCGGCAGAGGAAGUUAUUAGAGUGUGUCUAUAACCAAAUGACGAUUAAGAUAAUAUCCUCCUAUUAAUGUAGCACCAGUUCCAAAUUCUAUUUGUUGUCUUGCUAAACUUUGUUGCUGCUGCUUCUACUAUCUCAUGUUUGUGAAUUGUGAUAUUUACCCUCCCAAUAUAAAUAUGAAACCAGCUUAAUUCUUUCUGUAGUUUUUUUAUAUGAAACAUUAAUUUACCAUAUUUUUUGUCCUUU